AUGAAGGAAGCUCUUGCGUCUCAUGGAGGUGUCAGAGGGAGCAGAGUAGCUGUUGCCGCUGUUAACUUAGCUAAUGAAACUGGUGGGACAAACAAAAUCAAAGGAAUUAGUAAGCUCAACAAUUUUGAGUUUACAGAAGAGGGAAUUCGCAGAUGGAGUGCAUACCAAAUUGGUCCCGGAAAACUGGUGUCGUGUGAAGGAAUGAAACCACAGGGGAAGACUGGAUUGAAGUUGUUACAACCUUUUGGGGCAAUUCCCCAGGCCCAAGGCAUUUUCAACACGAGGCCCACUUAUAAAGAGCGAUCCGCCAAAAAUCAGGUCUUUUUCUGCGAGACACCAGGCUGCGUGGUAACGUUUGAAAACGAAAACGAAGCACAAAAUCAUCUGGACACUGGAGGUCAUAAGCUUGUUUUGGAACGCGAAACACUUUACGACAGUGUGUGA